GGGAGGGACAGACACACCGCAUCCCGGUGCCCCCGCGGCACCCUCCGCCCGAGGAAGGAGUGCCAGACGCGGCCGGCCCUGUUGCCGUUCCGCCCCGCUCCGGGCGCGGGGAGUCGGUCCCGCCAGUCCCUUCCCGCGCCGCGGGGCCGCCGCUCCCCGCCGAGGUGGAGCAGCGGGGUCGCCGCGCCCCUCCCGCGGCGGGUCGUGUGUCCUCCCGGCCGUGGCCGCUGUCGGUGCCGCCGGAGCCGCGGCCGGGCCGGGCCCCCCGGAGAGCUCUCCCCGGCCGCCGGAGCCGCUCGGCGCGAACAAAGGCGGCGGGCGGGCGCGGCCCGCUGGGGCAGCGCAGCCCGCGGGUUGGGAGCUCUCCUGUUGCGCCGGGACUGGAGCAAACCCCGGAGAGCGCUGACAGUGGCCGGGCCGGGGCCCGUCCUCUGCUCGCGUCCCCCCGGGAGGAGUUUUUGGGGCUUUCCGCGCUAACAGGUGCGCGGUGACUUCUGUCGUUCCUCCCGCCCAGGGAAGGUGCCUGCGCGCCGUGCCUUCGGUGUGCCCGGGCAGCUCCGGCAGGCAGCGCUGGAAGUGUUUGUUACGGAAAGUCAGAACUGUCUUAUAGGAAGUGGGAAAGAAACCCCAAACCAACCCCACAACCAAAACCAGCAACGAAACUCGAAUAUUGUCGACUGUAGUGACCAAAAUCGAGUGUCAAAAGUUUAUCUUGGUUUAAAUCCUGUUGAUAAAUCUGAAUUUAUUGGUAAGAUGCUCAUCCUGCGGUAAGGUUUUUGGAUCUGUUCUUUACUGAAGUAUCUGAGAGAACUGUAAACCGAAGUCUUCCAGUCCUGUUUCUUAAUCUCCUGGGGAAGUGAAAUGACUUCACAAAGAGUUUUUGUUCUCUCCUGUUUCUUACAUGGAUUUAAAAAAAAAAAACGUAGUACAGCUGUGAAAAUAAAAAAUAAAUCUUGAAAACUAUCUUACUAUUUUGUGGAUAGGGAAGAAAUGGGAGGAGAUGCAACUAAAUACCGAGGAUCCACUUUGCCCUAUCCAGGGACGCAGGAACAAUAUGAGUUAUUUAUACGAGAUCUUGUUAGGAAUCUUUUUCAUGAAGGAAAUGAUGUAUAUCGAGAAGGUGAUUGGAGAGGAUCACUGAGUCAUUAUACAGAAGCUAUAAACAUAGCUGAUUAUGCUAAUUCAGAAGAAAUCCAUGUUUCUGAUGAUGUUUUAGAGAAGCUGCACGUGAACAGGAUUGCGUGUUUUUCAAAUAUGGGUAUGCAUGAAAAAGUUCUAGAGGACUGUGAGAUAGCAUUAAGAUUGAAUGAAAACAAUUUCAGAGCUCUCUAUCGCAAAGCAAAAGCUUUGAAUGAAAUGGGAAGCUAUAAGAAGGCUUAUGAUGCUGUAGCAAAAUGUUCUCUUGCUGUGCCACAGGAUGAAAGUGUGAUUAAGCUUACCCAAGAACUAGCUCAAAAACUAGGGUUAAAAAUAAGGAAAGCAUAUGUUAGAGCAAAGCCACCCUCGUCAAAUUCAGUUUGUAGUGAUGUGUCAACUCAGAAUUCUUCUGUAGAAGAUAUUGAGUUAGAUUUAUCUGACCAGAAACAAGAGAUGGUUUCUGCUGCUUCUUCAUCAAACUUUGUUUCUGAAGUGUCCAAAGUGUCACCAGUACCUGUACCACCUUUACGUACUGUUAUGCCUCUUCAGAUGGAAAAGGUUCCUUUGCCUUCUACAGUGUUGGCAAAUGGAGGGAAUGUUUCUUUCUCUAUGCCAGAAGCAUGUUUAGAUUGUGGAGAUGGAGAUAUAAUUAUUGGAGAAGAACUUGAUGAGUUACUUGAUUCUGUGCCUGAUCCAGAGGAAACUGUAAUGCAAACUACAGGAGCCAGAGGACCCAUUCCUGCAGGGAGUGUAGCUCCUAGUGUACCUUUCUCUGCCUCUUUGUUGGGGACGCUGCCAGUUACUGCAGGAUUUGUUCCUCCAGCUUCCCUUUCAGAAAUCUUUUCACAGCCUUUGGCUUCUUCACUGGAAAACUUCUGUUCACCAUUAAGCACUUUUUCAAUCAGUGACCCAAAAGGAGACAUCUCAAGUUCAGCUUCUAGAGAUGGAACACCAACACUUAACAGCAAUAAUUCCCCAUUGUUUAUAAAUGGUCCUAGUAGUUUGUUUGGGUCCGAAAAUUACAUGGGAAUUGCAGGCCAAACUAGAAAUGACUUUUCCAAUGUUUUUAGCAGUACAACUGCUAAUAUACCUGUAUCUCCGGCACUGGCGGGAAGGAACCCACUGGAAGGCACACAUGAGCUAAGACAAGCCUGCCAGUUAUGUUUUGUCAAAAAAGGUCCUAAAUUAUUGGAUUACGCUUACCAUCCCAAUUUAGAACAUAAAUGUAAGAAGGAUAUUUUAAUUGGCAGAAUAAAAAACUCUGAAGAUAAAUCAUGGAAAAAAAUACGUCCAAGACCAACAAAGACACAGUAUGUGGGACCAUAUCAUAUAUGUAAAGAUGUGGCUGCUGAGGAGGAAUGCAGGUACCCAGGCCACUGCACGUUUGCCUACUGCCAAGAGGAGAUCGAUGUGUGGACGCUGGAGCGCAAGGGAGCCUUCAGUCGAGAAGCUCUUUUUGGAGGACCUGGGAAGAUCAACUUGACUGUGUCCCAGCUUCUUCAAGAAUACCACGGAUUAUUUAUGUUUCUUUGUGAGAAAUGUUUUGAUCACAAGCCCAGAAUAAUAAGCAAAAGGAACAAGGAUAACUCAUCUUCUUGUUCUCACCCUGCUAUGCAUGACUUUGAAGAUAACAAGUGCCUUGUCCACAUUUUGCGAGAGACUAUGGUGAAGUAUUCCAAAAUCCGUCCUUACCAAGUUCGGUGUCAGCUUGACCUGUGCAGACAUGAGGUGCAUUAUGGCUGCUUACGAGAGGAUAAAUGCUUUUAUGCUCACAGUCUGGUAGAGCUUAAAGUCUGGAUAAUGCAAAAGGAAUCAGGUAUUUCACAUGAUACUAUAGUUCAAGAAUCAAAGAAGUACUGGCAGAACAUGGAAGCUAGUGCACAUGGAUCACAGAUUCCUGGGAACCAAAUGAAAUAUGGAUCGCUUAAUUUGAAGAUGAAGUUUGUGUGUUGGCAGUGCUGGAGAAAUGGUCAAGUUAGUGAGCCAGACAGAAACAAAAAAUACUGUAGUGCAAAGGCAAGACACCCAUGGAGCAAAGAUCGCCAUGUGGUGCUGGUAAUGUCUAAUGAACGUAAGAAGUGGAUGACCAUUCGUCCUCUGCCUGCAAAGAAACAAGUGCCUCUGCAGUUUGAUUUGUGCAAUCAUAUGGCUUCAAAUAAGAAAUGUCAGUAUGAUGGAAACUGCUCAUUUGCUCACAGUCCUGAGGAGAGAGAGAUGUGGACCUAUAUGAAGGAGAACAGCAUUCAAGACUUGGAGCAGUUGUAUGACAUAUGGCUAAAAACUCAAAAACCAGAAAAAGGAGAUGAUACAGCUGCUCAGGCAAACAGAGAAAAUGGGAAGCAAAUUCAUAUGCCAACUGACUAUGCUGAAGUUACAGUGGAUUUUCAUUGUUGGAUGUGUGGGAAGAACUGUAAUAGCGAGAAGCAAUGGCAGGGUCACAUUUCUUCUGAAAAGCAUAAGGAGAAGGUUUUCCACACUGAGGAUGAUCAGAACUGCUGGCAGUAUCGCUUUCCAACUGGAUAUUUUAGCAUUUGUGAUAGAUAUAUGGCUGGUACUUGCACUGAAGGAAACAACUGUAAAUUUGCCCAUGGAAAUGCUGAACUCCGUGAGUGGGAAGAACGAAGACGAGUUUUAAGAAUGAAACUCAGCAAAGCAAGAAAAGACCACUUGAUUGCUCCCAGUGAUAAUGACUUUGGAAAAUAUAGUUUUUUGUUUAAAGAUUUAAACUAAUACUGAGAUGACACAUACAUGUUAUCAGCUGGAAGCAUAAACCAGAAAAUUUGACAAUAAUCAAAAGCAUGUGACAGAAAAGCUGCAGGUUUUCUGCUUUUAUUGGCAUACAUUGUUCCUCCUGAACAGCAAAGUAUGGUAGAUUUAGGGGGAUGGAGCAGACCUGUCUAUGCUCUCAUGAAACAGAGUGGUGAUUAAAAAAAUCUGAAGUAUUAUGUGCUUACUCACCUCCUGUUGGACAGAAAGUUAGGCAAUAGAAGGGGGGAAGAGUGGUUAUAAUAUCUAGGAAGCCCCCUAGUCUCAGACCUUCAGUUGAAAAACUUUAAGGUAUCAAGGUAUUGCAAAAGAGAGUGUUAGUGGGCUAAGAAAAUGAUGGAUGAAAAUUCUUCAGAUCUUUUAAUGGAGAGGAUUUGUUUAAAACAAAGUUUGCUACUUAUCUAUAUGUAGGUUGCUAAAAAUGAUUUUCUUAUUAAAGAUUUUAAACAAAAUAACCAUUUAACUACAAUAUACGUUGAAUGGGUAUUUUUUCUCUAUUUGUAUGUUUCAAUAUAAUUUACUGAAAAAGGAUCUUGAGAGGAAAAAAGUAUUAAUUUUUGAAAAUGAAGUAGUUAAAAUUCUGUUUCUUGGUCUUUGCUGUUUAAAUGAUGAUUUUGAAAGAUUACACUUGUAUGUCAGUAUUGUGUAUUAUUGUAUGGACUAAUGUUACCUGUAAUAAAGAGAACUUUACACAAAGCUGUUUUCUGCAUGUAGCCUCUCAGGAUUGAGAUUUUGUAAAAGCAAUGAUUUGCCAGUUAGCAAAAGCUUGAGCACCUGUAGCUAAACAUUCACUGAGUUGGUAUUUGUGUUGCUAGUGGCUUGUUUGCAGUUCUGUAUUGUCAUAGUUCAUGGCAUCACUGAAGUAACAGAAAUGGCCAGUAAGUUGUGAUAUAGGCAGGCAGUUUGGAGCUACGUGGUGCUGGGACACGUUUUCAGCCUUGGACAUGGACAUGAAUCACUGCCUCAGCUGCACGGUGGAUGGUGCUUCCCAUUGCCUUUCCUGCAGAGCACAGGAAAUGGAAAAUAAGUUGCAGGCUGAGGUGACUCCUGACUGCUGAGCCUUUGGGCUUUCCAGUCACUGGAGCUUCUGUUGUGUUUUGGCUUCUCUGCAGAGCCUACUUUCAGCUUUCUUUGUGUUUGCUUAUUUCCUUUUUUUUUUUUUUUUUUUUUUUCCUCAACUAAGUUUCUUUCAGCCAUUCAUUCAAAAUAAUUAAAACUAGAUUUCUUUUUCUCUCCCUCCUCCUCCAGACUUCCCCCCACCCCUUCCAGGUACUUUUCUCUGGUCCUGGCUGAUCUUACAUAAUUAGAAGAGCUUUAACAAUGACCUCAGUAGUUCAAAUGUAGGCAUUGGGCAUACAUUAGCUAUGUAAAAAGUGUUGAACCAAAGUUCAGUGAUAACCCAUAGAGGACAUGGAUACUGUGUCCCUUUCACUUCACAAAAGCACAACAAAUUUGAAACCAACACCUCGUGUGCUUCAGCCAUAGGUUGGGGCUCUUGCGAAGUGACUGCUCCCCCCAGGCUGGGCUGCAGUACACCGGAGUACGACACUAGCUUGGUGCUUGAAAUGCCACCUGCUGCAGUGCUGAUUUUUUACAUUGUAAUAAAGUGAGUGUGAGACAGAGUACUGUGGACAGUGUUAUUUGUGUGACAAAACCUGAUUGUAUCGUGUGCCUUUCUGAAUUGUUUUCUCAAUUUUAUGCUUUCGUUGUUUAAUGUAAGUGCUCUGUAAAUCACUGGAAGUAAUUCUAGACAAAACUAAACAUGACAUCCUUGUUCUCUAA